ACAAAAGCAUGAAAUUGCACAAAAGCUUGUAAUGAUAUGCAUUAUUUAUGCAACAGCUUCACCUCCUCCCAUGAAAGGUGUUUCCAUUCCUGAUUUAGCCAUAAUAGCCACAGAACUGAAGAGAGAGAAAAAUCAAAAUCAAAAUUCAAAGGCAUAAGAGAAAAUUGAAUGAUCCUCCACCAUCAUUCCUUCCCCAUGUGAUGUGCCACCUCUUCCUCUUCAAUUCUUCCCAUUCCUCCUCCUUAAUCUUCCCCUUCUUUCUCUUUCUAUCUCUAAGCAUAGGGUUUUCAAAUUGGGGAAAACAAAAACAAACCUUAAAGCUGAAAACUUUCACAUUGUAAUCACGCAAUUCGCUUCGCCCUUUUCUUUUUGAUCCAAAAGGGGUUCCGGGGUUGGUCUCCGUUUGACCGCACGUCUCCCCAGGUUAUUUUCUUUAGAGAGAGAAUGUGAUGGGAAUGUUAGAUUGGGAGCUUCCGUUUUUUUGAAAAGAAAAGAAAAAAAUUGUUUUUUGGCAGCUGAGAAAUGUUGGAAAUGGAGAAGGAUUUCGAUUCAAAGUUGAAGAUUCAGGGGAAUUCUUCCUCUUCCAAUGGUGGUGGUAGUGGUGGGAAUAAUGUACCGAGAUCCAAAAGCUUUGCUUUUAGGGCUCCUCAGGAGAAUUACACCAUUCAGGACUUUGAACUGGGCAAGAUCUAUGGCGUUGGCUCUUAUUCUAAGGUUGUGAGGGCAAAGAAGAAGGACACAGGAACUGUGUACGCGAUGAAGAUCAUGGACAAAAAAUUCAUUACUAAAGAGAACAAAACAGCCUACGUGAAGUUGGAACGCAUAGUUCUCGAUCAAUUGGAUCAUCCUGGAAUUGUGCGCCUAUAUUUCACAUUUCAAGACACGUUUUCUCUAUACAUGGCACUUGAAUCCUGUGAAGGUGGAGAACUUUUUGAUCAAAUAAUCAGGAAAGGACGUCUACCUGAGGAUGAGGCACGGUUCUAUGCAGCUGAAGUUGUCGAUGCUCUCGAAUACAUACAUAAUUUAGGAUUGAUACAUCGGGAUAUAAAGCCAGAGAAUUUAUUGCUUACAGCUGAUGGACAUAUCAAAAUAGCCGAUUUUGGGAGUGUGAAGCCUAUGCAGGAUAGCAAAAUCACUGUCCUUCCAAAUGCAGCAUCUGAUGACAAAGCCUGCACAUUUGUGGGAACCGCUGCUUAUGUCCCUCCGGAGGUUCUUAAUUCCUCUCCAGCAACUUUUGGGAAUGACCUCUGGGCACUUGGAUGCACAUUAUACCAGAUGCUUUCAGGAACUUCGCCUUUUAAAGAUGCAAGUGAAUGGCUUAUAUUCCAAAGAAUUAUAGCUAGAGAAAUUCGAUUUCCUGAUUAUUUUUCUGAUGAAGCAAGAGACCUUAUUGACCGGCUACUGGAUUUGGACCCCAGAAGAAGGCCAGGUGCAGGACCUGACGGUUAUGCUGCUUUGAAAAGGCACACAUUUUUCAAGGGUGUUGAUUGGAGUAACAUAAGGGCACAAACUCCACCAAAACUAGCACUGGAAGCUGGCAUUCAGUCACCUAUUGUAGAUGAAGCUCAGGAUGCAGCAUGGAGUCCGUCUCAUGUCGGUGAUGGUUAUGCAGCCUCGGCUAGACAGCCUGAUGGUGCUCCAUCAUCGUCUGAGGGGAGCGUAACCAGACUAGCUUCAAUCGAUUCCUUUGAUUCAAAAUGGCAACAAUUUUUGGAACCUGGGGAAUCUGUGCUUAUGAUCUCUAUGGUGAAGAAAAUACAGAAACUAACGAGCAAGAAGGUGCAGCUUAUCCUAACUAACAAACCAAAGUUGAUCUAUGUGGACCCGUCGAAGCUAAUUGUCAAGGGAAAUAUAAUAUGGUCUGAUAAUCCAAAUGAUUUAAGCAUCCAAGUGAUUAGUCCAUCAAAUUUCAAGAUAUGCACACCGAAAAAGGUGAUGUCAUUCGAGGAUGCAAAGCAAAGAGCACAUCAGUGGAAAAAGGCAAUCGAAGGGCUUCAAAACCGGUGAAUUCAUUCUGGUUUUGAGAAAAAUAUUCUUUCUGCUAUCUUUGUAGUGUUCAGCAAGGAAUUACAAAAACAGUUUGACUGCUCAACAAAUUAUUCAUCAAAAGAAAAAAUGAAGUUGCAGAUUAAGUUCUGCUGAAAUCUGGUGCAAAGCUAAUUCCUCACUACAGCUUAGUUGAGUUUGUCAUGAUUUUUCCAAUCUCUUUCAUAUGCUUCAAUGGAAUAUAUGAUAAAAAUGUGGACGAUGUUCUUAUUGUAGGCUUUGUUGGAGGGUUGGAAUCAAUACUCUGUAAGAAAAAAAAAAUUCAGUUAUUAUUUUUUUUUUCUAAAUAAUAUCUUCUGAGUUGCAAGAUGAUAGCAAAUUUUAGUUAUAUACUUAUAUUAUAUAGCAUAUGAAUAAUUGAAUUAAAUUGCUCAAUUUGUAUCGUUGCUUCAGCCAAUGAUCACAAGGUGAAGCCAACCUGAAGUUUCAAGAUGAAAAGGAUGAUUUGGCCCUUAGGAAAACUGUAAAUAAUUUUAUAUAGUGAGGCAAUAUAGUUUUAGGGAUUGAAUGAAAAUGUUCUUGAUUGUACUUGAGUAGAAAUUAGAUCACAUUUUUGGCCAUUCCAGCCAGUUUAUAUA